AUGUGGAUGAUCAUCCGAACUGAAUUUCAACUACCGACUGACACUGAUGAUAAGUUGGAUGCCGAUGAAAAUGAACGGCCAGAGUCUGAUGAAGAGGAGGAGGAUGAGGAAGAAGAUGAGGAGGAUGAGGAAGAGGAUCCUGGGAGUGGUGAGGUCGAUGGAGAAGAACAUGCAGAGAGGCUGAUGAAUGGCGUUGCUAGCAAUACAACACAUGCAGUAGUUGAUGCUGAUGAAGAAGAGGAGAGUGAUGCUGAAGAAGAGGACACUGAGACUGGUAUGGGAACAGAUGCUAAUGGUUUGGAGAGGGGGUAUCAUGCAUCCAAUGGAUUUCGAGUUGCCCCUAUCAGAGCAGCUUCAGUUGAGAGAGAAGAGGGCCAAGAUGAAGAGGAUGAUGAUGUUGAUGAGUAUGAGGAGGAGGAUUUGGGAGAGGAGAUUGAUGUAGAGGAGGAGGAUGAAGAAGAUGAUGACGUCGUUGAGGUUCAUGAUAUAGGAGACAGUGAAGAGGAUGAUGAUGGGGGUGAUGAAGGAGAAGAAGAGUUAGAUGAAGAGGAUGAGGAGGAUGAGGAUGGGGAUAUAGAAGAAGAUCAGGAUGUUCCAGAUGACGAGGAUGAUGGCUUACCUGGAAGCUCAGGGAGAUUCAUCAAUGUAGAAGGGGAGAUCGAUGGCCAGGGACCAGAUUGA